AAAUAAUUUUAGGGACUUUAAACCCUUUAUUUUCAUUUCAAAUUCAUCAAAUACAAUUAAUCAAUUUUAUAAAUUUAAAAGGAUUUUAAAACUGGUGGCACCAUUUUCUUGACAUACAUUUGCAACAACUUACCUGGAAUCGUAGCUUUUCCAAAAUUUGCGAAGAAUUUCAUUGUCAAAAUUGGAAUGGAUUCACACCAACUAUGAACAGAGUCGCAUAUGAUGACGAUGACGGGUAACAAACUAAUGUUUUAUGUAUUUAGUUUGUUGUAAUAUUUUAUGUAUGUAUCUUUAAAAAAAGUUCAUUUUAGCGCAUGUUUUAUACUCAAAUUGUGUACUCUGCGAGUAAAUAUUUGCAAUCGUUCUUUAAUUGUCAAGCGUAAGUAAUUCCUCUCUUAGAGCCUAAUUAACAUUAAUACGAAUAUAAUUAUGAAUUACGUGUUAACAUAAUUAUUAUCUUGUUUAAUUGAAUUCCUCCAAGCCGCUGUACACGACAAAUUAAAUAUUAUUAGUGAUGAGAAUUCUCAUGAAUUUUUUCAUACAUCUAUAUACAAACCCAGACCGAGCAUAUCCAAACAAAGGGAAUGAUGAUGGACACCGGGAAGAGAUCCGCUACUCCCAGUCAGUAGUGAAAGUAAAUAAUCAGAUUGAAUUCGAAUAAUUUCAAGUAUAAAUAUUAAAACCUGCAAUUUCGUGAACAAUUAAUUAUGACACGAAGGAAGAGAAAAUUAGUACUGAAAGCUGAUGUGAAGGUGGAAGAAAAUCCCCCUUCAUCCUCUGAGGAAGAAGUACCCCCACCUGGUUGGGAUGAUGGGUCAUCGUCGUCACCUUUUUUACAGUCAUCUGCACCUCAAGUUUCUCUGUCCUCUCCAAAAUCCAAAUCUAAAAUACAACGAGGACGACGGCCUGCGAAAAUAAAAUUACAUAAAACAGCACGGAACUUGACCUCUGGCUCCUCUUCCCAUAAGAAUGAUUCAAAUACAUCACCCACUGGAUCUGAUUGCAGUAGUUCGUCUCCAAAGUGUAUAAUUUGUAAGAUUGACAUUUCUAAACUGAAGAUGCAUCGUGGGAGAUUGUACCAGAAACAAGUUCAAGAGUGGAAACAUAUCAUGAUGACGAAUGAAGGAGUAUCGAGCAUCGGCAGCACCAAUAUUAGUGAACCUUGUGAAUCAUGUUUCAAGGAAUUUGUACUAGAAUCCUGGAAUAUUUCGGAACAAAUUAACAAUUUGCAACUUAUACUGAAAGAGCUAACUAAAAGAGUGGUAGAUAAUCAGAAUAAAUGGAGUCGAGAAAAUCAAAACAAUUCAAAGUUGGACAAACUUGAGGAUGAGGAUGAAGCUUUAGAGUCGUCAUCCUCUGACACAGAGUACUUAUCAGACUCGGAAUAUGAUCCGUUGGAAGACUUGAAAGCAAGAAAGUCGAAAAAUAGGAGGGUUAGGCAACCAAAAACGAAAUUCAACAAAGCAGUUCCUGUUGGCAGAAGAGGAAUCAAGAAGAAUGAAAACCCAUCAAAUAAUAAUAUUCUCAAGAUGGAACCAGAGAUGUCGGACUGGAAAGGACAGAAUUCACCACCAGUUGAAUUUGCAGAACCACUUAAUCUUACUAAAUUUCUGGAGGUCAAGUUGGAGGAAACCACAAAUGUUGACGUAACUUUCAAGGUGCCACUAAUAAUACCUGGAUACGAGGCAGUUUGCUCCCACUGCGGUACCAUCAGCCGCAAUCUUGAACAUUGUGAAUUUUGUCGAACUUUACUUUUGAAAACUGCCAAAAUUCUUAAAGUUGGGACACGAAUUUGUCAUUUGAAAUCUGACUUGGAUUUAUUAACAAUGAAAUUCCCAGAAGAUCCUCCCCCACCUGAAAAUGUGCCAACUCUUAAUAUCCGAAUUAAGGACGAAUUGGCUGAUGAUAGCUCAGACGGCGAUAACUCGGAAGAAAUGCCCUUGAUCAAAAUUAGGAGCAUUGAAUCAAUAUCAGACAAAGAUACAGAUCCGCCGUAUAUGUAGGUCUUCAAGUAACUCUUAAUUUCACCUGUACGUCAAAAAGUGUUCCUAGUGAAAGCGAUUUUCUAUUUAAAUCGGUGUGACUUCUUUACAGCAUAGGUUAUUGAUAUAGAUUACUGUUACUAACAGGAGAGAUAUUUGUUAGUUAUAAAAAUAUUUAUUUAUAAUGUUAAUUGUUCUGCAGUUAUUUAUUGUAUACCGAUAGUAAACACUUCGUCUGAUGUCUAACCUUAAGGGUAAUAGAUUUACUCUAACAUUUACUUGUUUUAAUGCUAUAUUUUAUGUAUAUGUACUAUUUAUGGGUGGGCCAUUAUACGAAUAUAUGUACUAUUUAUUUUGAUCAUUAACCUAAUCCACCUUUAUGUUUUUGUUUUAUUGUUAAAGUGAAGCUAUCAUUGAUAUUUAAUAAAUGAAUCAAAUUGUAAAAAUUUGGAGAUUUACGCUAUUGUAUACUAAUUUUCGCAACAUUUUCGCCAUUAAUAUUUCUGUAUUAAAGAAAAUAAAUUAUUGCGUAUGUAUAAAUCUGCUUACAAAUACAAUCCUUCUAAUUAAUUAGCUCAAUCCUCAACUAAUUAGUUAUUUCAUUAAUUACCAUUGCUCAAAUAUUUACUAAUCAAGUUUUAUUACUAUAUCCUGUCAUUCUUUUCGUUUCCUCGUCCUUCACAAAGACAGCUGCAAAUACUUCCAAAUCAGAUGAUAGCUUUCUUUUGAAAGAAAUUCAUAAUUAUCAAAUAAGACCACAAUUCAUUUGUUUGACAAUAUUUGGUGUGGUAAACUAUUUCAGUUGAACAUUUCUCUGCAAAAUAAUCUGCAAAAUUUUAUGCGAAGACUUGUUCAAGGUAUAAUACGCCGUCAUUAGUUUAAAAUUAAGACACUACAUAAAAACAAGUUAUUUUUGACCAUUUUUUGACCAUGUAAAUCAUUGCAUUUUUAGUACUACACAUGCCUGCUUUCACAUCGUGUCUCAAUUCGGCCAAGUAAUUUUGCAUGUCUUCUUAUUCUACUCACUGAUGGAACCUUGCGAAGUAAUUAAUGUCCAGGCAGAAGCAUUGGACAAAAAGAAGGACGAGAGGAGAAAGUCGGUGACCGUAAUGAGGACGGAGAAAGAUAACUGCUAAUCUAAAAAUAAACAAUGGGACGACGUUGAUUCAAAAAAUGAUCUGAAAUUUGAAAUCCUUAAUAGGUUAGGAAAUUAUAAGUUGCAAGUACUAACUCUUGACUCUAUUCAUUCCUCAAGAU